CUUCUUCUUCUUCAAAGAACUUAUUAGUCUAUAUAAGUCUUUUAAUUUCUAGUAGUACAACUUUCAUGCAUGAUCUUUUAGUAGGAAAAAUAAUUAUUACUCCAUAGUAUUAUUAUUUUAUUAGUUUUGAUGGCUUCUUCAAUGAACAAUUGGCUUGGAUUUUCACUUUCACCACAUGAAGAAGUACUCACAUCACAACAAAGUUCACAUCAAGAAUGUUUUGAUCUCAUGACUUCUCAUCAUCAUCAUGAUCAAUCUACAGUAGUACUUCCUUCUUUAAAUGUUGUACCUCAUGAUAAUAUAACCCCUUUUGGUAUUUUUGAAGCUUUUAACAGAAAUCAUCAUCAAUCACAAGACUGGAACUCUCAUGAUACAAACUACAAGACCACAUCAGAGAUGUCUAUGCUAAUGGCAAAUUCAUGCAAUAGUCAACAUCUUGAAAAUAAUCAAGAACCACCAAAGCUUGAGAACUUUUUUGGUAUUGGUGAACAAAAGCUUCAACAAGUCUGUACUAACAACAGCAGCAACAAUAAUAAUAAUAACCGCGAUUACAAUAUCUAUUGUAGUACCCCUAGUAAUAUUAGCGAAAAUAAUGCUAAUAAUAUAAUAGGGCUUUCAAUGAUCAAGAAUUGGUUGAGAAACAACCCUAACACUAUCACCACCACCACCCAAUCGUCAUAUGAUGUUAAGAAGGAGGGUGAUAUUGUGGCGGUAGCGGGUGGUGGUGGUAAUAAUGCACAAUCAUUGUCACUUUCUAUGAGUACUGGUGGUGGUGGAGGUGGAGGCGGAGAGAAUAGUUGUUCAUCUGAAAAUAACAAACAAGAGAUUGUGAAUGGGAAUAAUGGUACUAUUGAGGGACAAGUAAGUGGUGCAAUUGAAGCAGUACCAAAGAAAUCUAUUGAUACUUUUGGCCAAAGAACUUCUAUCUAUCGUGGUGUUACAAGGCAUAGGUGGACUGGGAGAUAUGAGGCACAUUUGUGGGAUAAUAGUUGUAGAAGAGAGGGACAAACUCGAAAAGGAAGGCAAGUUUAUUUGGGAGGAUAUGAUAAGGAAGAAAAAGCAGCUCGUGCUUAUGAUUUAGCUGCACUUAAGUAUUGGGGUCCCACAACUACCACUAAUUUCCCAAUUAGCAACUAUGAGAAAGAGCUUGAAGAAAUGAAGCAUAUGACUAGGCAGGAAUAUGUAGCAUCUUUAAGAAGGAAGAGCAGUGGUUUCUCUCGUGGUGCAUCGAUUUAUCGAGGUGUUACAAGGCACCAUCAGCAUGGAAGAUGGCAAGCAAGAAUUGGAAGAGUUGCUGGAAACAAGGAUCUUUAUCUUGGCACCUUUAGCACACAAGAAGAAGCUGCUGAGGCUUAUGACAUUGCAGCAAUCAAAUUCCGUGGACUAAAUGCCGUGACCAAUUUUGAGAUCAAUAGAUAUGACGUAAAAAGCAUACUAGAAAGCAGCACGUUGCCCAUCGGAGGUGCUGCUAAACGUCUCAAGGACGUUGAGCAAGCUGAAAUCGCGUUGGAUUAUCAAAGGGUAAGUCAAGAAAAUAUCGGUAGUACUACUCAUCUCAUGAAUGGUUCAAUUAGUAGCUAUGGUGCAAGUCAUUGUUGGCCAAACAUCACUCUCCAACAACCUCAACCUUUAACCGCGAUGCAUUAUAACCCUUAUAAUAGUCAACAAAGAUUGUGGUGCAAACAAGAAGUACAAGAUUCUUCUGAUCCUCAUCAUCAUAAUUUGACUAGUCAGACUUUUCAAGAUUUUCAUCCACUUCAAUUGGGAAAUGCUCACAAUUAUUUAAUGGGAUUGGAUAAUUCUUCAUCAUCAUCAAUGGACCAAAAUAAUGUUACAUAUCAUCAAGGAGUUGGAUAUGCUAGUAAUAAUAACAAUCCUCAUGGUGGUGGUGGAUUUGUGUUGCCACAAUUGAAUUCAAUUAUAGCUACUCAUCAAGAAAACCAAGCAAAUGGAUCAUAUGGUGGAGAGAAUGAUAAUGAAGUGAAGCAAUUACAACUUGGUAGUAUUCAUGAGAACAUAUUUGGUAAUUACUACCAUUCCCAACAAGCAACAUCUAACGACUCAGUCAAGGUCAGUACUCUAUAUGAUCAUCAAGAGUCUGCAUGCAACAAUAAUAAUUGGAUGUCAGCAGCUGUUCCUAUAGCUCUUGCUUCGAGGAAUAGCACCAUGGCGGUUUGCCACGGUGUGGUCCCCACUUUCACUAUGUGGAAUGACUCAUAGACAUCUAUCUAAUCACAAAAUCUAGCUAGCAAGGGAUGUAUACAUAACUAAUCUCUAAUCUUUCUUUCUUUUUUUCUAUUUUUUUUGAAAACUCAACCUAAGAAAGAUAGAGGGUUUAUUUUUAUUUUUUUAAAAAAAAUUUUGGUUGGUUUAUUGCAAAUGGUAAUUUUGUUUAUAGGACCUGAAGAAUGAAGUUCAUGAAUAGUCUAUCUCAUUGGCUAUAAUUUUGGGAACUUCAUUCUUACAGAUCCUCGGAAAGUAAAUGCUUUGUAAUUUUGGAUAACAUAGUACAAUGCAGAUAAUUAAUUAAUUUA